UGCUCGCACACCAUCUACCUCCUCCACAUCCUCAGCUUCCAACUACAUCAACGAAAUCUCCCCAUCAUCCCGCUCCAUCUCUUCGUCAUCCUCUUCUUCCACAUCAUCCUUCGGUUCAAUCUCGAACACGUCGUCAGUAUCCGAAGCGUCCAACCUCAUCCCGGUCAAUAACAAACGUCCUCUUCCCCCAACUUUCCAAGAUGAGUCCGAAAGGCCAUCAGUAAGAGUGAAGACGGAACAUUCGGAAGAUCACACGAUGUCGGAGGACUUCGUGAUGGAUUCUGAAUACGUCGAAUCGCCUGUUGGAUAUUACGCAGCAGAUGGAGGAUACCAGAGAGAAAUGCCAUAUCCCUCGAAUGGUACGCAGAGUACUUGUGGGAGUUUGUGGUCGACAGAGGCUUCGUUGCCCAUGUUACCACAUAUGCAGAGUGCAGUGGGUGGCAGUGCCAGCGAGGCGAGUUUCAAGUUGCCGGAAACACAUCGAUUCGACUUUCAAUGGAACGAGUCCCAGUAAGAGUUGUGAUAUAGAAAAUGAACCUGGGAGUGAGCGAAAACGAUCAAUAUGUGGGAAAAGUAAGAGGAGUGGAUUCAUAGAUAUAUUUGGAGCGUUGGAGAGGACGAAAGAUGACAUGACUUGUGGAUCGUCUGUACAGUCACCCACCCAUACAAAUGUCCAUCUGACGACCGGCGACGAAAUUUUUGUGAAUAGAUCUGUGUGUAUAGAUCAUGUAUGACGAUCAAAGA